CAAACAAAACGACAUCACUUUACACUACUGAACAUCCAAAUGAUGUCGUUUUAACCUCAAAAUACCCUUCUAUAAAAGCACUAAUCAAGAAAAUUCAGCCAAGAAGAAACUUUAAGCUCGAUUCCCCCUUUGCUCUCUCUGCACUUCAUCAAGUUUUAGGAGCUCCAAGAUGGCUACCAAGUACAUUAUUGGCUCUUGCGUGGCUUCUUUUGCUGUUGCAUAUGUUUGCGACACUGUUAUUUCUGACGGGAAACUGUUUGGAGGUACUACUCCAAGCACCGUUACCAACACUGAAUGGUGGAAAGAAACCGACAAGAAAUUCCAGGCGUGGCCUCGCACUGCUGGACCCCCAGUCGUCAUGAACCCCAUCAGCCGACAGAAUUACAUCGUUAAGUCUUGAUUUAGAAAGUCGAGUUAUACGCUGUUUUUUGUUCCGACAGAUUACAUUUGAUAUCAAACCAUUCUUUAGUUCUGAGCAAGUGAUUUUUGCUCUUACACUGGAUUCAGAUGAUAUUCAAGUCAUUCAUCUCACAUCUUUACAUGAAGAUUUUUGUUUUUGACAUAUGUUACAGACAAUGAAAACAGAUUUGACAUAUGUUGCAAUAAAAUUUUUUGACACUGGCUUA